AUGGAAAAGACAGCUGCAGUCAAGAAAGCUUCAGCUCACAUUAAGAAACUCCGCGAUGACCUUGAAGUCGAUCGCCAGAAAGGUGGAACAAAACAAGCCAAACUUGAGAAUGAUAUUAGAAAUGCUAUCGAAGCUAAGAAGAAGACUAUUGAUGAAGCCGAUAAAAAGCUUCAGGAAUUCAUAGCUGUUAAAGAAAAGUAUAAUGAUUUCAAAGUUCGCCGCCUAAAGCAUGCUUAUGCUAGCUUGGGUAGCGCUAUCGCUGAAAUCGAAAAGGCUAAAUCAGAUGCAUACGAGCAGCUUAGAAACGCUUGCAUUGUUUCGAAUGAGGAACUUGAAGGCCUCCUCAACACUACAUCCACCGAGGCACCAGCUCAAGCUCCUUCUCAGGAACAGGCUGGCGGUUCUCCAUUUGAGUAA